AUGACAACACCAACGGAUAAAUUAAUGAAAGAGUCGAUUAAUGCAGUACAAAUUGCAAUUCCUUCUGGUUCAACCGAGGAAGUAACACCUUUAAAACGUGAGAUAGACAAUUCGGAAAAUUUGCAUCAUUCAAAAAAGCGUUUUACCACAGCUAAAGAUAGGAGAGAACAUCGUCAUAGGAACUUUAUAAAUAGGAAAGGCAAUCGUGAUGAUAAAGAAUUACUAGAAAGCAAAGGUGAUGAUAAAGAUUCGAAUGAACCAAAAGAACCGAGAAUGCCAAAGAAGAAAGUUGCCGUCUUAGUUGGCUUUUGUGGGACUGGUUAUCAAGGAAUGCAAAUCAAUCACAACGCGAAGACUAUUGAAGAUGAUCUCUUCAAGGCCUUUGUCGCUGCUGGUGCUGUAUCAAAAGACAACUCAGAUGAUCCUAAAAAAGUUAGUUUGAUGCGUGCUGCCAGGACUGAUAAAGGAGUUCAUGCAGCUGGAAAUUUAAUUUCACUUAAGAUAAGUCUCUUACACAGAUACGUCAAAGUAAUUCGCUCUUUUCACGCCAAGACUCUAUGUGAUUCCCGUAUAUAUGAAUAUCUGUUACCAACUUAUGUGUUCAUGCCCCCUGAGCAAAAGUCCAAUUUGGUAGUGUCAAAUGAAAACGUUAAUGUUUUCACAGACUUUCCUCUCGCCACGACCGAAGAAAUGAUCGAGAAGCGAAAAUAUCGUAUAUCACAAGAAACUUUGGAGUAUGUGAGACAAGGAUUUAAAGCAUACGAGGGCACACAUAACUAUCACAACUUCACAAUAGGUCGUAACCCACAGGAGAAAAGUUGCAAUCGAUAUAUUGUCAAUUUUCAAGUAGGUGAUCCUAAAAUGAUUAAUGAUACUGAGUGGAUUAGUUUGAAAGUACAUGGGCAAUCAUUUAUGUUGCAUCAAAUUCGUAAAAUGGUUUCAUUAAUAGUGAUGAUCGUAAGAACGGGAACACCUACCUCCCUCAUUGCAAAUACAUUCACACAAGUCAAGAUAAAUAUACCAAAAGCUCCAGCAUUAGGUUUGUUACUUGAACGGCCUGUAUUCAAUUCUUAUAACAGAAAAUCCAAAGAUCAAGGAAAAGAGGUGAUCGAUUAUGAUAUAUAUCAGGGUCAAAUCGAUAAAUUUAAAGAUAGAUUUAUUUAUUCCAAGAUUUUUGAAGAGGAACUUGCCGAGAACACCUUCCAAAACUGGCUUAAUGCGAUUGAUCAACAUACAGGACGAGACUACGGAUAUCUUAAUCCUGAAGGAGUCAUACCUGAAAGCGCUAUAGUGAAACAUGGUGAAAGGCAAAAAUAUUACAACGAUCAGGCAGAUGAUGAUGAGUCGGUUCAGGCGAAGAAUGAUCAAUUAAAUGAUUAA